ACAACACAACGACACCACAACAACUAUUCAACAGACCCAAUAAUUAAAAUCUCUCCAUCGUUCCACUACGGUAUCCUUUGGAAGUACCAUGUCGGACCUAUCCGCCCUUCAACCAACAAUAUUCUUUGCCUCUUGUACACUCAAGAGCUUGGUGUGGCUGCCAUGGUAUUUUCUGCCCGAGUUGUUUCACACAAAGCCACAAGAUUUUGAUGACGAAGACGAUCCGUUGCUCCAAGAUCAUCACGUGCUAUUGAUGGAACGCAUUUGUCACAGUGCCAACAUUUUUGCCCUUGUCGGCUUGGUGUCCUUUUAUUGGGUCAAUCCACGGUUGUUUCAGUACCGACAGUACGGUGGGUGGUUGACGGCAUUGCUGCUUCUGCAGUGUACGUCGUGGCUGGUACAGGAAUUUGGCAAUCCACUAACAAACAGCAAAGAAGCGACACAACCGCCACAUCCUUACGACGAUGAUAUCUACGCCAGCACAGUCGAACCAGACGAAGACGAAGAGCCGCAGCCGGUAAUGAUUCGAACGACUACCGAAAUGCUACAGACCCAUCGCAUCUUUGCCACUGUGGGCGUCCUUCUGAUUCAAGCGUACAGUCUCUACUACGGACACAUUCCCACACUGUUACGAUUGGCGGCCGAACCAUUCUUUGUCUUUUUGGCACUCCUCACCAUGAUGCUCGAAAUACACGUGGUUUGUGCGUCUGUGUGGAUGGUCAGUACAGAGCAUCAUCUAUCGCAUCACCUCCACUAUUGGCUCCGCGUUGUCUUCUGCGGCACAUUGACGGCCGUGAUUCUGGCCGCGGCAGGGUGGCAUCGACGGGUCCAUACGGCACAAGCCAAACUGCUACGAAAACAACUCAAGACGGUCAACAAAACACCCAAAAUGAAAUUUGUAUAACGAACAAGCUAGAAAUGCAACAAGUAGCAAUUCCAAGAAAGAGGAACAUGACAAGCAAAACAAAACAAAACAAUGUAGAAACAGUUGGCUGGCUGGGGAAAUAAUAUGCUACAAUCUGCAGAAAUGAAAGGACCCUGUGCAAAAUGGAAAGAAAGACACAAUCCACCUGGCAAUAACUUACUUACUUGCAAAAAAGCAAUGGUAGGCCAGCGGUCCAUAACUUGCGGUCAAAUUUUGCAUCAUGUCUACCCGUUGCUUUGGAUGGCUACGAUACUACAACUGUUUUGUUGCUUCAGCUUCUCCCUGUGCUGGUAAAGGCAAGCCCACCUUGGCAUGUCUUGUUGGUGUCUGUCUUUGGUCUCAUGAACACAUGACAAAAGAAUGCUGGCUAGUAGCUUAUGCACAUCUAUCUAGUCCUCCCUACAACUCUGUUGUCGUCAGUUUGGAAGAGUACAAUGGAAGCAUCCUGACAGCUUGGUCUGGCUACCAGUAGGUCAAUAUUGCCGUAUGACCGAAUCGAAACAAACGUUUUGUCACUGUCAAUGUUACUAUCUAUCCAAUU